AUGGAUGGAUUACAAACAAGAAGCAGCUUCUCAGACUCUGACAGGCCAGACUAUCAAGACUUCAUUGCAAGCGAUGAUGUCAGCACAAUCGACAGCAAUGUAAACCCACACGCUAGCAUGGAAGACGAUUUAACCACUCGGUCGACAACGGAAGAAAAACUAAAAUCGGAAGACUGUGUAAACAGUAGCAAGCGCCUUAGUGACUUCCGAAGGGCAGUUCUCGUUGUUCAGUUUGUACGAAACAUGAUCAAAUUGUACAGAGACUAUGCAGCAUCCAGAGCUGAGCUCCUGUCCUUCUCUGAACUCACCACUGCUGUAAUGAUGAAAAAAAGUGACAAUCUUCUUUUUGACAUAUCACACUUUAAAGCUACCAAUGAGAGAGAAAUCAAUAAUGAGGUCAAGACCAUCCUGUCAAGUCCACCACAAAACCGAACCAGGGAGGGUAUUAAGUUGGCAACCCUGUCCUUGAGAACGGCAGUUGAUACUUUCGCAGAGUACCCCAUACACAUGCAGGAGAAACUGGCACAAGUUGGCUGGUAUGAAAGUUUUGGUCCUGGCAGAGUCAUAAUCCGUGAAGGACAUGUUCCUCAAAACUUCUACUUGAUCCUGUCUGGCACAGCACUGGUCACUAAAACCUCCAUCAACAGGCAGACAGGAGAGCCUUUUGUAAGGACUGCUGCCUUCCUGAAGAAAGGAAAAACCUUUGGGGAUGUGGCUAUCUUGAAUGGCGCUAGAAGAAAUGCUACAGUGUUGUGUCACAACACUGUCUCACUGCUGUCUGUGCCACGACAAGAUUUUAUAAACACGUUCAUGAGCCAUGAAGCCAACGAAGAGCAGAAUUUUAUUACAUUUCUGAGAAAGAUUGAAGUUCUCUCAGGAUGGCCUGUGGAAAACCUUCCCGACAACAAACCUGGGAUAUGUAUUCACACCUUCUUUCGACGAAAUACAGUUAUCUCUAGGGACACAAAGGCAUCAUCCAAGAUCUAUAUCAUCAAAACUGGUACAAUAAGAGUUCUUAAAACACUGACAUCUAUUAAACCCCAUCUCCCUGGUAAACCCUCUUCAAUCAGUGGCGAUUGGAAAUACCAGAAUACAGAUAACCAGUCAGAAGAAAUGCAUGCAAAGAAAGCAGUAAGGAUUAAGACUAGCCUUCCUUCCAGAAAGAGUUCCAGAGACGUGGAGUUCCUCCUGCCGCUGCUGCAGCAGGGACCGGCAGCUUUCGAGGAAAGAGCUGAUACACCUUCUCCAUACACCAGCAGUGCAACUGUUCCCAAAGAGGCAAGCUCAACAAUACAUGUUGAGGAGGAUGGAUCACACAUUUACAUUCAUGUGCAGACGCUUAAACCUGGAGAUGUGUUUGGUCUGGUCUAUCUGCUGUUUGAAGACACAUUUGGUAUGACGCUGAUAUCUGAGGGAGCAGAAUGCAUCCUGAUCUCAAAGGAUUUCUUUAAAAAAUAUACAGAUGAUGCAUAUCUCUGUAAACUGUCCAAAGUGGUCCAGCCUUACCCCUCAGAACAGGCUCUUCAGAAACAACUGCAAGAAUACAUCAAUUGGAGUGCAUACAAAUCUUUAUUAUUCAACAGGCAACAAAAGCUGUGUGCAAUCUCAAAGUGAACAGACUUUGAAAAAUGAGCACAGGCCAAACGUAUGGGCUAAACAGAACCAUCAACAAAUUAGCUGUUAGUGUAUUAUUGUAUAUAGCCCCAUAUUUACUGUUAUCUGUUAUUUCCUGUUGAAUAAUUUAGAUAUCACCAUGUUAAGUACCUCCCCCAAACUUUAUAUGAUAAUUAGGGUUUUUGCAUAUGACUCCUCCCAUGUGUAUGAUGCAUGAAAGCCAUCAAGGAUCAUUUCAUUUUAAAAUAAACUUUCUUGCUGUGUGUUCCUUCAUCAUCCCACACAACAGUGGUUUCAAUAUAACAGUUUUUAUAUUCAUAUUUUCAUCCUCUGUUUCAUUCAUCUACACGACUCCACAACACAUUUUUGUUACCUAAUUAAAAGUUUUAGCUAAAAAGGCAGCUUAACCCUGAGGAGGAUGAUAAAGACCACAAAUUGAGCUUCAGUUGAUCAAUAUCUGCCUCUCACAGUGAAAGUCUUGCAGUGAAAUGUUAUAGUUAUACUACAAAGACUUCACUCACCAUGAAUCCAUAAUCCUUUCUGUGCUAAGAACUGGGCUUGGAGCCCAUACUGAGAGAAGGUUUCAAGUAGAGCUAUUGAGUGCCUUGCAGCAAUUUACUUUCCCAGCCAGUUCUACGUGCAAUUAUGAGACUUGCAUCUGCAACAGGGGUCAAAGGCUAUACAUAUUUCCUGGCUUCUACUCAUUCUUUCUCCAGGAGACAGAGACAGGCAAAAACAAACAAUGGCUUUGUAACCAACAACUCCUAAAGCAUAAUACCUAAUCUAUAGCCUUAUACAGUAUUUAGUACAGAAACGUCUGCUAGACGUUCUUCAGAAAAUCCAUAUCUAUUACAGUGGUGUUUUUUGCUUUCAGGCAAAACUCUCAUGACAGUUUCGAGUAAAUAGCUUUGAGAAUUUAGCCCAUUGUUCGUGAUUUGUCGUGAUAAAGUUUAAUUGGCACAUUGUGGACUGUAUGAACACUUUCUGGUUUCACUGUAUUUAAAGGAAAGUCCAGUAAUUAAACAGGCAGAUGUUUAGGAUAGCUGUUCUGUUAUCUGUUCUUCUGCAACAGCUUCUGCAACACCUUAAUCCUUAACACAAUCUGUCACUAUAUGGGUGUAAUUGCAAAGAACAUGAUUAUUAACAUUGUUAAGGUCAAGGAAAGUGGAAUAUUUUCAACAGCAAUGAUUGAUUUUGGUUGAACAUCUUUGGCAGUCUUAAGCAGUCCAAACUAAGGUGAAAUAAAUUCAGAUAAGCAAAGAAGCAGUUCAGUAACUCUCUAGAGAACAGAGCUUCAGAUAUUUAGUAGUGUAGUGGGUGGAUAAUUGUAUAUGCUAGUGGGGAUAAUUUGCUACCUACAGUUUUGUCUGCUUCAUAGGAACUGGAACUUUCAGUUAUUUGUUGUAAUGUGCCAAAUGACCAGCAAGCUGUUGGUGUGUAUAUUAAUUAGUGUCAAAUUGUGGCUCAAAAGUAGCUUGAUAAUUUAGUAGCUUUGAUCCAGUAGGGGGAGUAGGAUAUGUGUCAAAGCAGUCCUUCUAGUCAUUUCAGUGCCCAUAACUAGAACUCAAAAGUCCCUUUAAAGUGUAUUUCAAAAUUCAAUGAAAAAUGCUUGUAUUGUUAAAGCUGUAGGGCUUCUUCAUUCUGUCUUUGUUUAUCUUAGUGGAUAUGAGACUGUUAUAAUGACUUUACCUUCUUGUUGCAGGGUCUGAACUGGAAGAUAAAUGUGGUAGAGAUGCAUGGUUUACAAGCAAUCUUUAUUCAAUUGUAGGUUACACUUGGUCAACAGGUAACUUCACAGGGUUACAGUAUAAAAGCAAUUCAUCCCUAUUAACACUAUGCAAUAUAUUUUUUCUAGGGCAGGCAAACAUGCAACUCCACCAGGGCAUCUAGGUUAGGCAAACUUGUCAGUGGUAACUGACAAUAUUCACAGCAAUACAUUACCAGGGGCAACUUGUCAUCUUGUCUGCAUAUUCCAAAGUGAAGUAUAAAGUACAAGCAUAGAACAAAAAGAUCUUCAAAUUAAGAAGAAGGGGGGUAGUUGUAAUAUUACUAGUGCGACCUUGGUUAACACCUCUUUAAUCAUUCAAUUUAAACACUACAAUUAACUAUAGGUAUUCAAAUAUAUUUUUAUAAUCUACUUUGUUUUGGUGGGGUUUUUUUGUGUUGUUUAUUUUGAUGGAAAGGGCACGUGUUAUGAAAAACUAUUAAAAUUCACACUUACCCUUUGCUUUUGAUUGAGAAAUAUUGG